AUGGUCGAUCGCCGAGGGUCAGGGGCUCGGGCUAACGGUCCUGCCACCCCAUUCGACUUCAAAGGAGCCUGUCCAAAGCCUUUCACUAACAAAGCUCAAAGACCGUUCUUUGAGCCACAGGGUGCAUUCAAAGGAUAUAAAGCUCAGGUUAUGUCCCCCAUCUCUCAACUUGCCAAAGACCGAAUGUCUGAUUUAACGUCCCCACCAUCCUCACAGUCCUGCGACGAGGAGUACGCUCGCCUUGAAGGUAUCCGCGCCGACGACAAAAGGGUAGAAAAGUACGAAGAAAGAAGAGAUGCAGAGGAUGCCGACUAUCAGCCAUUGACUCAAGAAUCUAUCGACUCUCUAUUCAGUUCUCAAUCUUCUGAUACCACUACUUGGCAGCUAUCGUCGUCCCAAGAGUCUUAUUCUACGACGAGCAGCUCCUUCUCCUCCUCUCAAGAAACUACUUCGUCUGAUACUACUCACUUCUCCGACGAUGAAGAGACAGCCGUAGAUGAGCACGAUACUGAACCUGGAGGUCCCCUGACUCCCACUAACACCCACUAUGGGCAAUUCAGUACCCCCAGCUCCCAAGGCAGUGAGGCAGAUUGGGUGAAGGAAGGCCCCGGGUAUGAUCCAUGGAACAAGCUGAAGAGUCCUUAA